UUUCAUCCUCAGACACCAGUUUCAACGGCAAAAAAAGUACGGACAUAUUUAUAUUAUAUUGCUCCAGAUUCGGAUUCUUGCUCAUGGCGGCUUCGCGCUUCUAAUCUCCCCAAUCUGAGUGCAGCCCUUACUCCUGUUUCUUUGCAUUUCUGCGUUUCUGUUCCAAAAUACUAUUACACUUUAAUGGGCCUCGUGCUUUAGAAAACCCUGGAUGGAAUAGAAUAUCUUGGAGGCUAUUCAGUAAAGCACCAUCUCUUUCCUUCUCAAUUCUCCUCUCUCACCUCUCUCUUGUUUUGUGAGGUUUCUGAAAGGUAUAGAGGCUGUUGCUUGGGAAAAAAAAAAAUGAGAAACAAUUUGCCUCAGUCAUCUUCCUAUGAAUCUGCUCUGGAAGCACUUUCGUCCUUGAUAACACAGAAAAGUCGUGGAGCAAUGGUUCCAGUAAUCAGGAGCAAGACGAAAUUAGAAAGGAUGAGAAAGUACGUUGAGAUUCUAGACCUAGAAGAAUGUGUAAAGAAACUAAAAAUUAUUCACGUGGCUGGAACUAAGGGAAAGGGUUCCACAUGCACCUUUUCUGAAGCAAUUUUACGGGAAUGUGGUCUUCGAACUGGACUUUUCACUUCCCCUCAUCUCAUUGAUGUGCGUGAGAGAUUUCGUAUAAAUGGAUUGGAUAUAUCAGAAGAUAAAUUUCUGCAUUACUUCUGGGCAUGCUGGAGACAAUUGAAGGAAAGUGUUACAGAACAUCUGCCAAUGCCUGCACUAUUUCAGUUUCUUACAUUGUUGGCUUUUAAAAUAUUCAUAGAUGAAGAGGUUGAUGUUGCAAUUAUUGAAGUUGGUCUUGGGGGAAUGUACGAUUCAACAAAUGUGAUAGAAGAACCUAUAGUCUGUGGCAUCACUUCGCUUGGGAUGGACCACAUGGAGUUAUUAGGAAACUCGCUAAGCCAGAUUGCUUCGCACAAGGCUGGAAUUCUCAAGCCUCGAGUUCCUGCAUUCACAGUACCACAGCUUCCAGAAGCAAUGGAUGUUAUCCAGAAGAAGGCACGUGAGUUGAUGAUCCCAUUAGAGGUAGCUGAACCGCUUGACCAUAAAAAGCUAGAUGGAUUGAAGCUUGGCAUGUCUGGUGAUCAUCAGCUUGUUAAUUCUGGUCUUGCUGUUUCCCUUUGUAAAUGUUGGCUUCAGAGGACUGGAAACUGGGAAAGGAUGUUCCUAAAUGGUUUCAAAGCGGCCAAAUUACCAGAUGCAUUUCUUAGAGGUCUUUCAACUGCAAAUCUUUCUGGGAGAGCACAGAUAGUUUAUGAUUGUUAUGCAUCAUCAUUUAAUUCUUCAACACAGUCUGAAAACUCGAAUGGAGAUUUAAUAUUCUAUUUGGAUGGAGCUCAUAGCCCAGAAAGCAUGGGGGCUUGUGCUAACUGGUUCUCUAGUGUUGUGAAGGGAAAUCAUAAGUCGUUACAUUGUUUUAGUGCUGAAAAUGUGGACAGAGAUUCGGGAAAUGAUGAUGUAAAAGUCCUGCAGGAAGCUGAGUCCACAAAGUUUUCAAAGCAGAUUCUCCUAUUCAAUUGCAUGGAAAUGAGAGACCCUGAAAUCUUAUUUCCACGACUUGUGAAUACAUGUGCUUCCUCAGGUGUUCAUUUUUCGAAAGCCCUUUUUGUCCCUACCAUGUCAACAUAUAGCAAAGUCUCUUCCAGUAAUUCGGUGACUUCGUCAGAUAUUAUAAACAAGGACUUGUCGUGGCAGUUCAACCUCCAGAAACUUUGGGAGAAGAUUAUGCAUGGGAAGGAACCAGAUUCUAUAUCUGAAAAGGAUCUUAAGCUCGACCACGAGCGAGGUUUACCUCCUUUGUAUGAGGAAUUUCACUCAAGUCUUUCGGAUAACAAAUUCAGUGGCAGUGCAGUGAUGCCUUCAUUGCCAUUGGCGAUAAAUUGGCUGAGAGAUUGCGUCAGAGAAUCCCCAUCCAUUAGACUACAGGUUCUUGUCACUGGAUCCCUUCAUCUGGUAGGAGAUGUGCUCAAGUUAAUAAAAAGGUGAUGUUAGAUCAACUCUUCUGAUCUCCCCCCCAUUGUUAGGGAUGUGAUAUUUCGAACUUCCUAGGAUCGCCUAUCUGUUGGGUCACUUUUCGUUGGUUUUUUAUCUCACAUUUCAUCGUUUUUCAUUCAGUUCAUACCUCAAUAAAUUAAUUGUGGUAAAUUUUAUGUUAUUUUCUGCUAGUAUCUUUGGUACUACA